GAAUCACGCUCUGUGAGUAACAAGAAAAGCAGCAGUCAUGAUGGGCGUCUUGGACAAGGUAGCGUUCCAUAUACUUUUCGGAGAUAGGAAGAAGAAGAUCGACAAGUUUCUUCGCACUACCACACCUGGUCAGUCAGUCAAUGGCUGGUAAAAUCCAAGGAUGAACAAUGCACCUGACCAAAGACAUCCAGACACUGUUCUUUCAGACUUGCACGCCUGCCUUGUCCGGGAGGUUACCACCUCAGUCGCACCGCAAGCUGUGUUCUCCGCGUCUAGUAUCAGGGACUCUCCCCAGAAGCAGCCUUACUGGACGAAGAAGAGUUUCCAAAACCACCUUGCCAGAACCCAUCCGGACACGAACAUUCCAGACACGGCUAUCAAUGUCCUGUGGUCUUGCUUUUGUUUCUACGCCUAUCACCCGUUUCCACUCCCUGAUGCGAGCGAGAGAAAGCUGGAGCUGCCAGCCUUUGAGCAGGGGUUGAUCCUGCUGUCUUUCCAAGGUACACGGCUUCUUGGAACCGUAAAUGAUGAUGGACACGGCCAUUCUUGGGGGUGGAGUAAUGAGCCCUGUAAUUGCAUGCUUAGGAUUAAUCGAAUCUUCCGAGGCAUUAGCUUGAUUGAUGAUCAGUCGAGCUCGGAUCCACAUGGUGCAAGUUAUGACACUUUAAUCACCGAUGAUGUGAUGCAGGCAUUACUUCCAAUAUUCCCUGCCCAUCCCAAACUGUUUCCAUCGCUUAACCAGCUCAAGCCGUUGGCGGAACAUCUCAAGGGACGAACAGACCAAUACCAGAUCAAGCUGAAUGACCUGGCGUCUUUGGUCUGUCUAAUAAUAAGGCUACGAGUCCAUAAGUCGACCUGGGGCCGGGAACUCCACUACGGCUACUUUGGGGAAAAUAGUCCGGAGACAGAGGAGUUGGCUACUAUCUUGGCACGCUCAUUCUGUCAUGGCCAUGACGAAUAUCUGGCCCCCGACUCAGUACUACGGGCUUUACAUAUCCUGCCAAAUCUAGAGCAGUGCUUUCAUCAGCUCUGGGCCGUCAUUUUUCAGCCUUGCACCCCUACACAAAUACCAAACUUGGAAAGUGAAUCAACUCCAGACAUCACUUUGGAUGGAAUUCUUCGUGCAGUAUCAUUAUUUGUCCCUCCAUUCCAGGCUCACGAAAGGACAGAAUUAGGACGAAAGGUCAAUUUGAUCACAUUUCAAAAGCAACAUGACUGGAUACACAGCUUUUCAGACACUCUUGAUCUGAGUCACAUACUCCAUCAAGCUUUCCUUGACGAUCCGAACCGUCGGGCGCAGCUUGUUCUUUUCCUGGGGCAUCAGGCCCAGGACUCGAAAAAGGUAGUUGUAGGGGCAUUCUUCCCUGGCCGUACGCAGACCCCUGCUGCAGAAGAGGGAAAGCAGCUGGAAGAGGUAGAAAACUCGAGGAUUUCCCUUCCACAACUUUUGUUCCAACUUCAGCCCAGCUUCAGUCUGUUUCGCUGGAAUGGAGAGGCCAACAUGUCUUCGUCUCAACUAUAUGACAGUGCCAUAGGGGAUGUCGACCACCCUAAUUGUAUAGGUGAUCCCAAAGGAUCGAAGGUGGGAGUGGAGAUUGACUCCGCCACAAGACAGGCGACUUUUCUGGGAGGCACAGACACCGCCAUAUGUCAGACAGGGGGGUAUGAUGAGGUGACUAGGAAGUAUAAUGGGGCUGAGGGCAUUAACGCGAAUCAGAAGGAGCGAAAAACAAAGUUCACAGUGACCCGUAUAGUGGUGUUUGAUGUUGAAGGUGGGCCAAAUUACGAUUAUCAUUGGGGCUUCGGGCAAGAUUGAAUGACGAAAUCGAAAUUAAGGUAUAGCGUUAUUUUAUGUUUCUAUCUUCUGUAUAGUGUGACGGCAGCCCAGCUCAGUGUCAUAUGGUGCUUAUAUUAUUCUACUUACUCUGUUUAUCUUUCUAUUACCAGUAUUAUUUUCCCUUAAUGUGAC